GAAAUCAGCGCCCACAAUCGCGACUGGUUCUUCCGUGGCCGUGGAGGGGAUAUCAACCUGCUGAUCUACAGCAGCGACUUGUACCGAAAAGAAGAGACCAUCAUAGUGUCGGAAAGUGGCCAGAUUCAGAGCCCUCGCUACCCCAACAGCUACCCCAGAAACCUGCUGCUCUCCUGGAAGCUCCUCUCUCCGGAGAACACUCGGAUACAGCUGGAUUUCGACAGUCACUUCGGCCUGGAAGAGCCGGAGAACGACAUCUGCAGAUAUGACUUUGUGGAAGUGGAGGACACAUCCGAGACUAGCACCAUCAUUCUGGGGAGAUGGUGCGGGCACAAAGAAGCUCCUCCCAGAUUAACUUCCAAAACCAACACCAUCAAGGUCACUUUCAAAUCAGAUGACUACUUUGUGGCCAAACCUGGAUUCAAGCUCUACUAUUCUCUAGUGGAUGACUCCCAGCCCUCGGCAUCAGAAACGAAUUGGGAAGCAGUCACCAUCUCAGUGUCGGGUCCGGUCGCGUUUCCCCCAUCAGUGACCGACACCCCGCUGACCGCUGCAGCCCUGGACCAGACCAUCGCGGCCUUCGACACGGUGGAGGAGCUCCUGAAGCACCUGAACCCAGACUCCUGGCAGGAUGACCUGGACAGCCUGUACAAGGAGACUGGACACUACCGGCCCAGAACCUUCCAUCAUGACCGCAAGCACAAGAUUGACCUGGACCGGCUGAAUGAGGAUGUGAAACGCUACAGCUGCACCCCGAGAAACUUCUCUGUGAACCUGCGGGAGGAGCUGAAGGCCACCAACGCUGUCUUUUUCCCACGAUGCCUCCUGGUGCAGCGAUGUGGAGGAAACUGUGCUUGUGGGACAGAGGACUGGCACUCUUGCUCCUGCAACCCUGGCAAGACUACCGAAAAGCUGUACGAGGUGCUGAAGUUUUCUCCGGAGCCUGGUUACUACAGGAGGAGAACCCGAGCGCGCUGGGUCCUGGCGGAGAUUCAGAUCCAACACCAUGAGCGCUGCGAUUGCAUUUGCCACUCCCGACCCCCGCGAUGAGAAGGGCAUGCUGGGAGAUGGCGCCCAGGACCUUUGUAUUGUCUUUUCCUUUUUUUUUUUUAAGGGCUUCUCCCUCGUCUCUUCCAGCAGGAGCCAUCCCUUCCUCUCUUCAGCAAAGUGAAUUACUGCUCUCCCAGCUUUAGCCACACUUUUCCCUAAACCUGCCUGGUUUAGGUUGAACAUGUCAGUGUGUAUCCACCUGUAUGUAUGCGUGUGAGUGCAAGUGUGUGAGCAUGUGUGUGUUUACCUUCAUUAUUUUCUUAAUGAGUAAUGCUAUAUCAGUAUAUAUCAAAAAUAGUAAUGCAGUCUCAACAAAUAAUCAAGCAACAAGACAGCAAACUCCCUUAGAAAGCUAUACACAGUUUUCUAAGGAAAACAGUAUUAUUUAUUUGAUUUUAUUUGACUUUCUUUUAAAAUUUGUAAUAAUGUGCUUUUGUUUACUGCAUUUUUCCAUCUUCUUUCCUUGUUUUGAAUGAGUCAGUCUCAUGGUGUUGUGGGUCAUGGGAUCAAAAAUGUUCUCUUUUCCCGCAAAGUUCCACAUACAAUCCCUCUGACAGAUUAAAUGUCAGUUAAAGACAGCCCUAUAUAUAUCUCCUCAUACCCUUAUUGUGGUUUGUUUUGCCAGAAAGAGAGAUUUUACAAACCGAUUUAUUUAGUUCCAUUAGUUACUGUAUAUUUUAUAGUGACUGAAUCCACAUUAUUCCAAAACAAUACUUUUGGCCACAGCUUUUACAAAAAGGUUUAAAUUCAGGAACUCUACACUACGAGCAGAGGGAGGAGUUGGAGCAAAUGUUUCGCUUUUACAAAUUCUGAAGGCGUUAGGUGCUACCCUCAAGCCUCACAGGUCCGUCUCUGUCUAACAUCUAAUCCAGUAAACGUAAGCAGGCACUUACUCAUAUUCCUCUCAUCUGGAACCACAGUGAGAUGAGCCUCAAAAGACAACUGAAUGUUGAGCACUUAAAUGUACCCAUAUUCAGACACUAUGCCUGAAGACCUGUCACCCAGGAAGGAUGAUUUUGCAUCUGUCCAAAGCAAAAGAAGAACACACUUAAUGAGAAAAGUCCAGUAACCUGUAGAAAAAAGGGUUAGCUGUUAAUUGUAAACCUUUUAAAGGGAUACUUUGAUUAAACUUUAUAGGGAGUGAAAUUACAGACGGUUUUCCCUCUCCCAGAAGCCCUAAUAAGCUAGUUGUCAUGGGGCUCUCUGUAGCUGUGAAAUUGCAAUUGAUUCUCAGUCAAAUAUUAUGGCGACCCGUCCGCCCCCUCUGCAUAUGCAUAAGUUUACUACCGAAGAAGACUGCCAAUAUCAAACAACCCAUCAAAAUACCUACUUGACUUCUGUGUGCAUUAGAUGAAAAAAUAAAAAGUUAAAACCAUAAAACAGCAAAACCUUCAUACCCACAUCUUUACCAUGUCACUGCCAAUUCCAAUUCUUUCAGCAAAUGAGCUGAAAACGUAACCUCUUUCUUUUAUGUUUAAUUGGUUUUGAUCUCCCCCUACCCCCAUUCCCCACCGAAAAUGUUUAGCAGACAACUCAAUCUGUAGAAACCAGUUUUCCCAUUUCGAAAAUGAAAUGAUCAAGUACCCAGGCCUCACUUUCACAUAAGGCCAUGUAAUUCUAGCAUGUAUUGCUCACAGUAGAUCCAACGGGUGUGGAACAUUUGUUUGGUGUCAUAGUUAUCACAUGCUAUCAGUCUGCUGCUGUCAAGUAAUGUUACAUUGUUUCUGAAUUGAACGGUUUCCAACAUGCAAGUGCUGGCACACAUAUGUAAGACUCCUUUCUUGGACUCCAUUCAAUGGCACAACUUCUAACAAGUUCAGUCAUUUGUUAGCUUUCUGUUCGUGUUUGCUAAUGCAAGCUAACAUUUUGAGAACCCAGCAUAGCAAAUAAAAAUAAUGCAGGACAAGUUCUGCAGGUCACUUUUGAAAAAUGAUCCUCUUAUUGCAAGACAUUUUGCCAAAACAAUUAUUACAGUAUUAUAGCUUAUAGCUAAUGUUAACUAGAAAGCAACAUUUACAGAAUUCUAAUUCUAAAUCCAAUAAGACAGCUUGAGUGAAAUUACAUAACUAUGUACUAUUGUAUAGCUUCCUGAGUUAAUAUAUUCAACAUAUGGGCAGACAGCCCGGCUAAAACUGACAGUUUUCCUAGCAGACUGCAUUUGUUCCUAGGUUUAAUACGUAUUGUGUAUUAACAAACUAGAACUUACAGUUCCUUAAAAUGAGUUACAGUGCGGCCCUGUGAUGUGACCCAGCAACAAUGUGCUGGCCAUACACAUGAAAGAGUGCACAAAGCAUGACUCAUGAUGAUAUGAAUCCUUGCUUUACGCAGUUCAAUGGUCAUGCACAGCUUGACACAUUUUUUGGCCUUGUGUUUCAUAUUUGCAGCACAUUUGCACGUUGGGACCCAGUUCAGUGCGGAAACUACAUCACACACCCUGAGGUCAUGCAUCUUGUGGGCAGUAAAUGGAUGUAAUUUGUGAAAACCAACAAAUUUCUGACACAUGAGGAGACGGAGGGGAAUAGGCCGUAACUGAAAUGGCGCAUGUGAAAGCCGUAAGAGCGGCUGCAGAGCCCUCCAGGUCCAUAUUAGCCCAGGCGUUUGCAUUGUGAGCGCACUGAGAAGCGCAGGUAGAGGCAGUAGCUACAUGUAAAAAGGCUCUGAGUCUGAGGCAGCAGAGGGACUGUGAGCGCUGUAACAAAACCAAUCAAUCAUUUUCAAUUUUAUUUGUAUAGCGCAUUUUACAAAGGAUUUGUAGCGAUGCAUUUCACAGUUUACCCUUGU